AUGCUUCUGCAUGAGCAAGAGCAAGUCUUGUCCUACAAUGGAGAAGUCCUUGUGUUUCAGCUGUCAGGACCAAAGCACAUGGAAGGAGCAGCUGGAAAAACAACAAACUUAUCUGUCAGAAGAAUGGCCUUUGACAGAGACACUAAACUGUUUAUCCAAAAGUCUUCUGGGGUAUUCAGCAUGCAUGGCAAUCCCUUAGAAGCUGAAAUAAUCUGUUGUAGUAGUACAACAGACUCCAGAUCAGGACUGGUUCUUCCUUGUGUUUUGGUGAAAAAGAAAAAACGGAAAAAUGUUCUCAAAUAUCUCCUGCUGCUACUUCACAGCUCCAACCGGUUUGAGCAGUGCUUUCAUUUUAAACUGGAUUACGAGCUGAGAGAAGACGUCAGGCUGUUUGCUGGCCCCUCGGUCCUGUGGAGACAUGACAGCAGGCUCUUCCACGUCUCCCGCGACGCCUGCGCCGUGCGGAGCGCUCCUCUGCAGCUCUCUUCCGUUGUGUGGGCAGGGGAAACCGGCGAGGAAGGCGUCCUGGUCUUGGGAGUACGGGCUGCUUGCUCGCCAGAAAGCGAAGAUGAGCCAGAGUUUUCCACCUCAGAUGGAGCUAUCUGGGGAAGUGAAUUCUUUGCAUAUGCAAUUGAAACACAGAAGAUAAUGAGUGGCACGAGCUUUAUGCCUCAUGCUUACAGCAGGGUGGUGUCUUCUGUCUGUGUCUGCAAGAACGAGGUAUUGAGAAAACAACUCAGAAUAUCUCUUGUUGCUGUCACUCAGAAGAAUCAACUUGUUUGGUUCCAAGAUGGUCUCCCUAAAGGUGUUUGUGAGCUUCCAUAUGAGAAACCCUGUUCAGUAAAAACAGCUGUGACCACUAGCAAUAACAUGCUGUUUAUCGUUUCAUUUGCCUCUGGAAAUACCUGUGCUAUAUGGAGAGACAGUUUCCAGGUUGCUUCCAAAUGGCAAAAAGUGAAUUAUGUUCUUGUAGAUGAUUUUAUUGGCUCUGGAACUGAGCAAAUGUUACUGCUUUUUAAGGAUGAUUCCUGUGAAGAUGUGUUAAGUACAUUCAGAAUAUCAGAUUUUGGGGAGAUCAACUAUGCAAGUGGCAUUAAUUAUAAAGAUGAUACUCCCAGAGCAGAAGGCUUGCAAGAGAAUAGUUUGCUGACAGUCCAAGCCCUUGAAACAAGAUUACAGGCUGGUUACACUUCUAUUCGAGAGCUGCAGCACCAUUUGAGGCUCAAAAAGAAGGUUAUUCUUGAGUCUUGCAGGGCAUUAAUAGAUCUUGUUCAAGAAAGAAGCCAUAUUCUACCAACUGCGGAAAAGGAAGGUCUUGUAUCUCUCUGGGAUGAUACAGAAAAUCCUCUCCAUUCUCUUAAUAAAGAAGCAUCGAUGACAGCUAAAGUUCCAGAGCACUUUGUAGAGAAAUUGUGGCAACGUGUUGUGGAUGACAGAUUGAUAGUUGGAGUAAAACUAGCCGAAUCAUUUAGCUUGUCGCUGAGUGAUGUCAGUUUAUCCUUAGUAGUGGAUCCGGAUGUGACUUUGAUUUCUCCAAUUAUUGAGUGUCAGAAUAAAAUCAUUACAUUGAACAAGGCUUUUUCAGCAUUGGCUAUCUCUUCAUGUCAGAUCGAACCACCUCCAAAAAAGAUGAAGCUGGACUUUGAUAGCAAGAAUGAUCUGGAAGAAGACCUUCAUAAGAGAAGUUUGAAGAAUCAAUUGGACAGAGCAAAAACAUUUAUUGCUGUUACCAGCCUUUCACCGUUGUUGGCAUUUCAUAGUGUACGCUGCACGGUUCUCCUACAUGCGAAGAAACCAAAACAUCAAAGGGAUGGUUUACAGAACAGCAAAAAGAUUACUUUACUGUGUGGGAAAAUUCUGUUAAGUCUGGAAGAUAUCUCACAGGGAAAAUAUUCAGUGAAGAUGUUAAGGGAUAAUAGUUACUGUACAGGUUCCUUGGAAGAUAUCCUUGCUGUCCUUGCAGCAUCUAUCAGGUUCUCCUUUCAGAUUGUGUCUUCUGAGUACACUUUAACUCCAGUAAAUUCCUGGUUAUUGGGAGAAAUGGAGUGUACACCAUUUAAAGAAUACCACAAAAACCUGGUCUGUCAGAGAAUGGGAAAUCUACAUGGCACAGUUCUCAGUUGGACACAGAAAUCUCCAUUUGAAGGAGUUCUAACCUUGUUUUGCAGAAAUAUGAGUGUCCUGUUCCAGUGCCUUCAUAGCCUCACUGGAGCUCUGCCACCAAGCACUGAUAUAAGACUCUUGAGGUCUGGAAGCAAAGAUAGACUUACUGACCAGUUAGCACUGGCUUUGGAAAAAGAAGUGCUCAUCUCCAGGAAUUCUUUCUCCUCAAAAGAAAAUGAAGUUGAAAAGAGUGGGACAUGGGGCAAGAGGACUAGCAAGAAAAUCAGUGAUGCUCCUGUGGCUCCUUUCCUGGACAGUAAGGAAGGAGUUCAGCAAUUCCGAAAGAAGCUUCAGCAUGAACGGGAAGAGAGUAUUCUAAGUAUGAAUCAAGCAGUGAAUGGUGCCCUUUAUCAGAAAAUGGCUUUGAAAAUGGCAGAGGCUCAGCUGCAUUCUGAUAUGAUCGUGUGGAGACUGAGCAGAUCCUAG